UCCUGUUUACUAAGAUAUACGCAUAUACAAUUUAUAACACAAUAAGCUUCAUUCAAGUAUAUAUGCACUUGAACCUUAUGACUUUUCAUCUUAUUUAUUGCCGUUUGAGUGCUCUUCUGAUAUAGGUAUAUUAAAAACCAAAAGAAGCGAUGCACGUUUUCUUACUAAGUGUUAUUUUGGUUGUGUACGUACAACAUAGCGUUUACGGGUACAGGCAAUUCCGGGAACAGAUUCCAAAUGGUGAAUUUGUUCCAAGUCCGUGUAACAGAAACUUAAUAUGGCAAGGUGUCGGACAUCAAGCAAAAAGUGGUGGGGGUCCCAGGAAUCCGUUUGGAAAAGACUUUGCCGGAGAGGGAUUUACUUGGACAGAGACGCUUUGUAGAAAAGACUCGGAUGCAGAUGGGCGGACGAACGGCGAGGAGCUGGGCGAUCCUAACUGCGUUUGGAAACAGGGUACUAUUCCUGAAAGAACAACUGGAAUAGCACACCCAGGUAUCUGCGACCCUUACAACUCUACUGAAUGUAUUUCUAAAAAUAGCUUUUUGGAUUGUACUAAGAUGGCUUUCCAGUGUGACGCCGUGGACAGCGAUAAAGAUAUAAAGGUCGUGGAUGUAAGGCUAAAUAAGUCAUCUGUUCCGGCCGUGGAGACAACGUAUAUGUGCCAGGUUUUAGACCUUCCGGUUGACAAGGAUUACCAUCUGGUUGCCGGGAAACCCUUUAUAGAUAAUGCUGACGUCAUGCAUCACAUCGUAGUUUACGGUUGCACAGAUGAUGCGAAGUUUGAGCCGAAACAUCUUUCUCCAAAUACAUGUUUUAUGAAUAGACUUGAAGGUUGUACGGAUGUUAUAGCGAUUUGGGCUAUAGGCUCCUCUGGAAUUUGUUACCACAAAGAUGCUGGUUUUAGAAUCGGACCUAACGGAUAUAAAAAGGCAUUGAUAGAAUUACAUUGGAACAAUCCGUUUAAAGUAUCAACAUACACCGAUGGUUCAGGUAUGAGUCUGUAUCUUACCCCUAAUCUUCGCCCGAACGACGCUGGAAUAUUUUACAUCGGACAGAUGUACCUGGAAAUCCCACCAGGGGUAGAACGAUACACUGCAAAUUCGACCUGCACCUCGAAGUGUAUACAGGAAAAGAUGAAAGACAGAAUCAGCAUCGUUGGCGCUUUCAACCAUAUGCAUUAUUUGGGUGUAUCGGCGUCGUCAUAUAUAACGACAGAUGAUGGAAGGGUGCUCCAUUUAUCCCAUGAAGAAACUUACAGCUACGAUUCUCCCAAAUUUGUCGUCUUGGAUGAACCACUGGUUUUAGAGGAAGAUUAUAAUAUACAGUUAAAAUGUCACUACAAGUCUACCUCAAAGAAAACAACAACUUUUUGGGGCGAGAGUACAUCCGACGAGAUGUGUUAUACAUUCCUCAUGUAUUAUCCUAAAAAUAACUGGAUUGGAGACGAAUGCGGUUCUUAUAAACAAUACGAUACUUGCUCUUACGACCCGGAUCUUCGAAAAGGACCUGUCUGUGAUUUCAUGGAACUUGCCAAUUAUACCCAUCCCAAAACAAUCGCAAGGACCACGCGUCUUUACAGUACAUGUGAACCAGGCGUUUGCAAAGAUGGUUGUCUGGACACGGUGCGUGACAUUUUCAACGACCCUUGCUUUCAAGAACAUAAUCUGGAGAGGCAGAAAAGCUCCAUGCGAUCCAACAAUGGUGACCCCGCCAUGAAAUCGGCAAUCAUGGAAUAUUUCUAUCGGAUUGAUUCAUGCAAUGCUGAGCUGGCAAGGGAAAAGUGUGGAACAAAGCCAUGGCCUGAUACCAGUUCAUCGAAUUCAAAUUUCAUUGACUUGGCUUUUGUCCUAUUUCUGAACAUGCUUGUAUUUUAUUUCGUAUACUGAGUCUGUCUUACGAAAGAAUGAUAAUAUUUUUCUUUU